AUGCUCUUCCCCGCAUUCUGCCUGCUCGGUGCUGCGGCACUGCAGGCCACCGCCCUCCGAAUUGAUGCUCUCGCCCGACGCGCCUCUGAUCAGAGCCAUGUAAUGACUCUGGAUAAUGACAACGACUUGAAGUACAAGGCGAACAUAACUGUUAGCGGCGAGAACUUCGAAGUCCUCAUAGACACGGGCAGCUCUGACCUGUGGGUCGCCGGGACGGUCAAUGGCGCGAAGGAUACCGGGAAGAAUGCUGGUGUCGAUUACGCUAUUGGUGCAGCUGCAGGUCCCGUCAAAACUGCCAAGGUGGAAUUUCUCGGAUACACCAUCGACGACCAGGCGUUCAUCUCGCAAGCGCCAACACUUCAGAAUCCAAACGGACAAGGGAUCGUCGGGCUUGGUCCCAACUCAGGCUCUCAAGUGCAUGGCGCUAUGGGCAACGGUGCUGGAGAUGCCAUCGUCGACAGGAUCUUCCGCCAAAAUACCUCUUCGCCGAACAUCCUGACCGCUCUCCUCGGUCGCUCAGAUGACCCUGAUCAUCCCUACCCGGGCUCUUUCUCCGUUGGAGAGGUCAUCGCCGGCUACGAGAACGUCACGAGCCAACCAAAGCUGAACGUCACAUCUGUGUCGAAGGGCAACUCGGGCGGCCAGCACUGGCAGGUUCUCAUUGACCCGGAUGGUAUUCUUGGACCGGACGGACAACCUAUCUCCAGUUACGACUCGAAAGUGUCCAGUACCAAGGACAAAAACCAACUCACGGCCAUCUUCGACACGGGCUUUUCGCUGCCGCAGGUGCCGAAAUCCAUCGCUGACAACAUUUACGGUCGCUUUGAGAAAGCAGAGUUCAAGAAUGUGUCAACGACUGGUCCUGUAUGGACUUUACCGUGCGAUACUGAGGUCAACAUCACUGUUCGCCUCGGUGGUCAAAGCUACCCGAUGCACCCUCACGACACCAACCUCGAUCUCGGCUUGAAGAACAGCAACGGCGAGGAUAUGUGCAUUGGCAGCUUCCAACCCAUAACCUCGGGUACAUCCUCGACGUACGACGUUAUUCUCGGCAUGGCCUUCCUCCGCAACGCGUACCUCCUCAUCAACUAUGGCGACUUCCGUGAUGGUACUACCAACAAGGACGAUCCUUAUGUCCAGCUUCUCUCUACGACGGACCCGGCAGAGGCACACGAGGACUUCGUACAGACCCGUCUGAACGGUAUCGACACAACCGGUGAUCAACGUCUGCUCAACUCAUCGCAGAUCAAGACUUCCUCGGACGAUCCUGGCAAUGCAGAUGACGGCGACAACAACGACAAUAGCAUCGGUAGUUGGAUCUCGAAGCACUACGUCGUGGUAGCGAUCGCCGGCGGCAGCGCUGUCGCCGCCCUACUCCUUCUCGCUCUUCUCUGCUACUGGCUUCGCGCCCGUAGGCAAAAGCGUGCCAUUCGUGCAGGCUUCGCUCGCGGUGGCGGUGGCGGUGGCGGAUACGCGACGCUCGACGCUCCCGCACCAGAGCACGAGACGUUACAGGUCGCCGGAUAUAACGCUGUCGUUCCGACUCUCGGGUAUGGCGGCGCAUCGCCCGCACCAAGUCCGCGACCUGGUCACCGCCCGUUACUCAGCGGCACUGAGGCUGCGCGCUCGCAUCGCCCGAGCUCGAGCUUCAGCGGCUCGCAGGACUUCUCGGCCGUUGCACGCAAUGUUGGCUCGUCCGGCCACAAGCCUAUGGAUAGCUUGAGCGUCGACCCGCUCUACGACUUGCCGCCAGGGUAUAAACGCGAUGCGAGCGCGCCUUACUCGCAUUCGAGGGGGCAGAGCGAGGUGUCACUCGUUUGGAGUGAGGGCUCUGAGCAUGGCGGCGAGAAGCCGUACCACGAGCACGAGGACGACGACAAGACGCCGCUCAACCGCACGUACCCCAAUCCCUGGGAGGCUCCGCACUGA